AAUAAUGCCACAAAGAAGUGAAGAGUCGAGUAGUUGACGCUCGGAUGGAUUCACGGUGAAUCACUUUCUUACCGAUAGCAGCCCAUAAGCUACAGAAACCGGCUUUUUUUCUUUCCAUUUAAAUGUAUUAUUCGUAGUAGAUAUGACGGAAAUGUUUUCAACUCUGUUCGGGCAAAACGACGCUCAGGGACCGCCCGGCUCGUCGUCUCUGGGUUUCGGACCGGGGAAACCUGCGCCGCCGAUGCCGCAAAAUCAAGUCUCCAUGACGGGCCAGAUGCCACCGCAGCUCGGGGAUGAAGGGCCUGCUCUGCGGAAGCCCGGAGCCAUGAAUGAACCUUUCUACCUACUGCGGGAGCUUCCUGUGGGAAACGAGCUAACUGGCAACACCAACCUCAUCACGCACUACAACCUGGAACACGCUUACAACAAGUUUUGUGGGAAGAAAGUGAAAGAGAAACUCAGCAACUUUCUGCCUGAGUUACCAGGUAUGAUCGACUGUCCGGGCACCCAGGACGGCAGCUCAUUGCGCUCUCUGAUCGAUAAGCCUCCAGUUUGUGGGAACUCCUUCAGCCCUCUGACUGGCGCUCUACUCACAGGCUUCAGACUACACACAGGACCGCUUCCAGAACAGUACAGAUUGAUGCACAUACAGCCUCCAAAGAAGAAGAGCAAACACAAGCACAAGCACCAUCGGCCGCAGGACCCAUUACCACAAGAAACUCCAUCAGACUCCGAUCCCAAGAAGAAGAAGAAAAAGAGGGACGACGACCCCGAACGCAAGAAAAAGAAGAAAGACAAGAAAAAGAAGAAGAACCGCCACAGUCCCGACCACCCCGGUCUCGCAGGAUCACAACCCAACAGCAACAGCCUCAGAUAGACAGGAGCCCACUGUGUGCAUGCCUGUGUUUGAAUGUGUGACUUUUUUUGUAAGAGGAUGCGUGUGUGUUUUACAGGUAAAUUGUAUUAUUAAGAGUUUGUCUAAUGAGAGAAUCACAUGGUUGUAUGCAUGAUGUGCGUGAGAGUGAGCAGCGACACAGUGAACGUGGGUGAGGAUGGACAGAAAUGUUACACAACAGUGUAAAAGGCAGAUGAGCUGUGUGUGUUGUGGAUGACUGAGCAGGCACCAUAUGUAUGUCUCUCUUUAAUUUUAUUGUGAUAUCUUUUGACCAUAAUGCCAAAAUCAAAUAAACUUUGGUUAUUA